AUGGCUAAAAAAGGAGGAGAAAACAGUAAAAAAGCAGCAGGAAACGCCAAAAAGGCAGAUGCAGCUAAUAAGAAGCGUCAAGCAGCAGAGAGUGCCGCUGAAGCUGCUGAAGCUGCCCAAUGGGAAGAAGGAUCUAAGAAAGGCAACAAGAAGAAGGAGGACUCCCAAUUUAAGAAAGACGAGGCCGCAAGAAAGAAGGCUGAGCGUGAUGCUCUUCUAGCAGCCGAGGAGGCUGCUUUACCAUCCAAGCCAGUGAGGGAAAAGCAAAGAGGAGCGGCUAAAGUGGCAGCCAAGAGAACAGGCAAGAUCGACGACUUCUUGGACUGGAACAGCGAUAAGCAGGAGUUGAGCGCUUCAGGAAUUGAUGAUGCAUUGAAUGCUUUGGCGUUGACCGGCAGAGAGGGAGGUGUGGCUAAUAAGGACAUCGACAGACAUCCAGAAAGAAGAGUGAAGGCAGCAUUUGCUGCUUAUGAGGAGAGGAGAACGCCAGAGUUGAGAAAGGAAAACCCUGGAUUGAGAUUGCAGCAGAUCAAGAACAUGGUGUUCAAGGAGUUCCAGAAGUCGCCAGAGAAUCCUAUGAACCAGGACACCAAUGUGGACUACAAUGCGUCGAGAGACGACGUGGAGAGCAAGAAGAAGGAGGUGCGUACCACGAGAGAGAGCAAGUUUACUUAG